UACGACCCAGGGGAUAAAACGGCCACGUAGCCCACACGAGAGUUAGAGCUUGGUGAGCGCGGUUGGAGGCUGGAGGGAAGUCAUGGAUUCUGUCGUCCUCCAGCUCUGGGCUGUCCUCUGUCUCCUGGUUCACCUGGCGAGCUGCAGUCCCAUCCUCAGCUUGGAGCACUCUUCCUUGGAGGAAGACGUGCCUCUUUUCGACGAGAUCCUCUCCGAGCAGGAUGGCGUUGACUUCAACACGCUGCUUCAGAAUAUGAAAAAUGAGUUUUUGAAGACAUUGAACCUCUCUGACAUCCCCCUGCACGAAUCGGCCAAGGUGGAUCCACCAGAGUACAUGCUAGAGCUGUACAACAGGUUUGCCACUGACAGGACAUCCAUGCCAUCCGCAAAUAUUAUUAGGAGCUUCAAAAAUGAAGACUUGGCUUCCCACCCUGUUGGUGUUACAGGGAUUCGGAAAUAUCCUCUCCUAUUCAAUGUUUCCAUCCCUCACCAUGAAGAAAUCAUCAUGGCAGAGCUGAGGCUCUACACCUUGGUGGAGCGGGACCAAAUGCUCUACAAUGGGCUUGACCGGAAAGUCACCAUUCUUGAAGUUCUGGAGAGUGACCAUAUGGGGGUAGGAGAAGAAAGAAAAGCAGUGGCUCUGGCAUCCAGGCACAUCUAUGGCACAAGCAGUGAGUGGGAGAGCUUUGAGGUCACUGAAGCCAUCAGGCGUUGGCGAAGAGCAGGACUGACCACACACAGGCUGGAAGUUCAUAUAGAGAGCAGGGAAGGGGAGGAGCAGAAAGGAGAGGGCAAACUGGACAUUGACAUCAACUCUGAGGCUAAGCAUGAGCCUCUGUUGAUCGUAUUCUCUGAUGACCAAAGCAAUGACAAAAAAGAGGAGAAGCAAGAGCUGAACGAAAUGAUAGACCACGAGCAGCUCCUCGACUUGGAGAACCUGGAGGUCGGCAAUUUCCACGGCCAGCCUGGAGAGGAGGCACUGCUCCAGAUGAGAUCCAACAUCAUUUACGACUCUACUGCCCGCAUCCGGAGGAAUGCAAAAGGCAACUACUGUAAAAAGACUCCACUCUACAUUGAUUUCAAGGAGAUUGGCUGGGAUUCCUGGAUCAUUGCCCCAGCAGGGUACGAAGCCUACGAGUGCCAUGGAGUGUGUGCCUACCCCUUAACAGAGCAUGUCACACCAACCAAACAUGCCAUUGUCCAGACUUUGGUUCACCUGAAGAAUCCCCAGAAAGCCUCCAAGGCCUGCUGCGUGCCCACCAAACUCGAUCCCAUCUCUAUUCUCUACUUAGAUGCAGGAGUGGUCACCUACAAGUUCAAAUAUGAAGGCAUGGUGGUAUCAGAGUGUGGCUGCAGAUAGUAGGAGGGAAUGCAUGCACAGAGGGGUGCACAGGGGAAGUAUUUAAUGAUUCAGUCUGUAAAUUUGUACAUUUUGGAUUUCCUAUUUAAUAAGGUUAUUUAAUGAGGCAUGUACAGAUAAUUGUAUGUUUCCUGUUACGGGGAAUGGGCAAGUCAUACGACUGUAGGGAAUGUAUAUUUUGUUCCAUUGCUUGCUUCUUGCUGGUUUUAGCUGUCCAAAUGAUGACCGAGUCUCUCUUCUUCUCAAGGCCAGAGCAGAUGAGUGGAUUGUUUGGGAGGGCUCUUUGUGCCAGAGAGGCACAUUCAAAUUCACAGAAAUAAAGGCCUAUUUUUGUACUUUAGAAAUGUUGAUUGCCAUCUAUAGGGAUUUCCAGAGCUAUUAAAGAUAGCUGAAUUAUCAACGAUACACCCCUAGAUUGUUUAGCUUUGUGUAAAAUCUCUACAUGCUCAUAUUAUUAUUACUAUCUAAUUUAUCUGUGUAACUCUGAAGUCCCAACAAUUCUCAAGCUCCUAAGCAUCUAAGGCACAACAAGGUGCUAAACUGUUUCACUUUUUUUCAUAAUUCUUUCUUUAAUCUUUCCCUGCCUCAGUUAAAGGUAGCUGGCAGGUAUGAUUUGGCAUCUGGAGCAAAAAGGAACCAUUCCCUUUCCCACCUCUCUUGGUGGGCCCAGGAACCUUGCCAGGCUUGUGCCAUGCUCUGACCUGAAGUGGCAAGAAAUUCCCCCUGUGCAUUUUUAUUACCAAAGCACCCCGUGUAAAGCAGCACCAUCUGUGUGCUGUCUCUCAAGGGCCAGAGUUUUAGGUGGCAGAAAAAAGUGCAGGAAACUUCCUGAUUCUUUGAAAUCAGACCAGUUUAUACCAGCUAAGAAACUGGUCUCCCUACCCAGGCUGGUAAGUUGCAUACAGCACAGCUUUGUAACCCAAUUCAGAUGUGCAAGUAGUAGUAGUGCAUUUAGUCUGCUUAGAACGAGGCAGGAAGGGAAAACCCCUGUGCCAGCUAGAUAGAGAAAAUCUUUCCUUUAGGUUUGUGCUGCAGUUGUCAAUUCAUCAAGAUCUUGCCACCCCCCUCUCCGAAACUCAACCAUGUCACAUGCCAUGUUUCCACCACUCUUCUGCAACAAAUCACGGCGAUAAGGAGGUGUGGGAGCUGAGAAACAAUAGACCCGUCACUUUAUUUAUACUAAGCUGCAAAUUUGUCAGAUUCUUGGGAAAGUGUAAGUGACGUUGACUCUCCUAGGCUGUACCAGAGCCUACUGUACUGUCCCCACAUCUGUCUUACACUUUUAAGGGAAAGUUAUCUUCCCUGGAAGUGAUAAGCGUCUUUGAACGAAUCACUCUAACACUUCAUGGGAAUGAUCACAAAAGACUUUAUCCUGCACCAACUAAAACCAGUUUCACCUAUUUUCACACAUACUCUUCUGUGCUUCCCAUAAUUUAUUGACCUAUUUAUUGACUGCCUGCCUUUGUAAUAUAAUGUAGAAUACAGAAUGUUUUAUUUUUGUGCUUGUGUGUAAUCCCACUUGGAUAAAACCUUGUACCCAUCCUAUUUUACGUGGAAUCUCUUUUGCUGAGUUGUGUUGCACAGAGGUUGGGGUUGCUGAUUUUUUUU